AUGAAGCGAACGCAUCCGGAACGACGUAAAGUGGCCACGAGGUCAACCGUGAGACGUGUCAGGAAAGCAUCGAGUCCUCCUGGCAUGGAUGCCUCAAAUGAACUCAAUUCAAUCUCACCUCAGGCCUCUAAGCGUACAGCGGAUUCUGUUGCGUCCCGUCGUACUCGGGAGCGUCUGUUCUCUACACCAGUCAAGAACUCUCCCGUGAAAGAAGAGGACAAAGAUUCUUUUUUAUCCACGGACUCCGCUAGGAGCGGAUUUGAUUUUACACCGUCUACCACUGGAUCCGGUAAGAAUUUUUCAAUUUUUACCCAAUUGAGAAAACUAUUCAAUGAUGAGAAGCAAAUCCGUAUUAUCAAACAAACGUCGUCGAUACAAAUGUCAGUUUAA